GUUUUUUCGUUUUUCUUUCUUUCGUGUCGCGUUUGUGGUUUUUCGGUUUUAUUAAAGUUUACUGAAACUGAGAGAAGUUGGAAAAAAAUUAAUUCAAUAAUCAAUAAUACUGCAGUAAAUCUUCUGAGUACAUUGUAUAGGUCUAACACCUUGUUCAGUUAUUAUAGUUUCUCGUUUUUUUUUCUAUCGUUGGCAUGGUUAUAAAAUUGAUUUAGAAGAAAUCUAAAAUUCAAUUUUCAUCAGAUUUCUUAACGUCGAUAGAAAAAUAACUUUGUAUAAAAUAGUUUGACGAUUAAUUUGUUGAGGUCAAAAUGAAGCCCGGUGGUGGUGGUGGAGAUGACUAUGAAGAACCUGAGCACACUAGGAAACUGUUCAUUGGAGGUCUCGACUACCGGACUACAGAUGCAUCUCUCAAAGAGUUUUAUGAACAGUGGGGAGAAAUUGUUGAUGUUGUAGUUAUGAAAGAUCCGCAGACUAAACGGUCAAGGGGAUUUGGCUUCAUAACAUACUCAAAAGCUCACAUGAUUGAUGAUGCUCAAAGAAACAGGCCACAUAAAAUUGAUGGAAGGAUUGUGGAACCUAAGCGUGCAGUGCCUCGAGAAGAAAUAAAUCGACCAGAUGCAAGUGCAACCGUCAAGAAACUGUUUGUGGGUGGCCUCAAGCAGGAUUUAGAGGAGGAAGACUUGAGAGAAUACUUUAGUUCCUAUGGAGAAAUUGUCUCCGUUAGCUUAGUCACUGAGAAGGAUACUGGCAAGAAGAGAGGAUUUGGUUUUGUGGAGUUUGAUGAUUACGAUCCAGUUGACAGAGUAUGUUUGGAACCCAACCACAAGAUCAAGGGUCGUGUGUUAGACGUGAAAAAGGCUAUAUCGAAGUCAGCAAUGGCAGGCGGAAGCGGGGGCGGUAGCGGAGGCGGCGGCGGUGGCGGCGGCGGCGGUGGAGGCAGACGCGGCGGGCGCGGCGGGUGGAGCCGACAGGGAGACGAGUGGGGAGGCUCGGGAUAUGGUCAAGGAGGCGGCUGGAACAACCCAAGCCCUUGGGACAAUUCAGGGAACUGGGGCAAUCAGGGAUAUGACCAAGGGUGGGGCCAAUCGGGGGACAACUUUGGGGGAGGCUACCAGCAGAACUACGGGGGUGGGCCCAUGCGUGCCAACUAUACAAAUAACUCCCGCCAACAACCAUACAAUACAGGUUACUCUACCGGUGGUCAAAACUUCGGCACCGACCAGACGGGCGGCACCAACGCACGUCGCUUCUAAACCGUCGCCGGCCUCUUGUGUCAAGUCGCUUAGUUGAAGCUAGGCAGGCAGAUAGAAUAGACACAAGUAGGCACGGAGACAGCUUAGUGAGGGAAGCGGAGUAACCACUCGCCUUAGUCAGUUUGCGUUUAUUUCACAAAAUGAGGUUUGUUUAAGGUAUUGUGAGGCACAACAUUUUUUCCUACAUCUUUAAUAUCGACUAGCACUUUUGAUUCACAGUUUUUACAUGUUGUUCACAUUUGGCACAGGACUUUGCUAAAGUGUCGGGAGUAAAACUUGAGGCUUGUUUAGCGACUAGAUAUCCUUAUUGCGUUUGUUGUAGGGUCAUAGCUCAUUUGAGCCACGUUGCACCUGACUUGCAACUCGCCUCGUGGUAGCUUGCAACCAAAGCAAUGUAGAAACAAUAAAUGACAGUGUUCACGCUGCCUAACAAAGAACUGAACUCGAGUCAUCAAUGCUCUCUUAUUUAUACCAUCACUGUUGCAACAACUUCGUACAAAUACCUCCUUUUUAUAUAAAAACGUUAAUAUCACCUGUACUCGAGGAAGUUGUAACACUAAAAACAAAGAACUAUGAUUUCUCGUAUACAGUGCUUCAGUGCUAUCAUUGAACGUCAUAAUGUAGUUAGUGCAUAGAAGACUAUAAAGAGUAUUAUUUAUACGAGGUGAUGCUUGUCUGGAGCCGGCUUUAAUGAGCUAUGUACUUACGCUGUAUAAUGAACGUAAUAUAAGCCUGAGCGUAAAUUUGUUACUAUUAAGAUUCGGUUUUAUUAUAUCUUUACUAUUCAAGAAUAGAUUGAUUGUAACAGACAAACAUAUUAAAUUUUUUGAUAUUUUUUUUUUAAAUGUUUGAGCUAAAAAUAUUGCGAAUGUGGAAAGAAAUAUAAGCGUAUAGUUUCACAAAUUUUAGUAAUAUAUUAUUUAUAUAUUACUCAUUAUGUAUUUAAUGGUUUGUAUAACAUUUAACCUAGCCUUUGACUUUAUUGUGCAGAUUAUAAUUAUGUUUCUGAUAGUAACAAAUAUUAUACUGAUGACUUUACGUAACAAAGCUUGUAAGGCUGCAUUUUAAUAAUGUUUCUCUUUUACCUGACUUUUGAGCAUAUAGGGAAUGAGUACAAUGUUUCUGCCAAUUAAAUAUCUAAUAGGUACCUAUAUGAACAUUACUAUCAGAAUUUAAAUUAAAUUAACAGAAUUACUUUUGAUACCUUUUAAUACUUUUAAAAAAUAAAUUAUAACUGAAUACUUAGUAGAAUUUUAUUGUGAUAUGAAAUUCAAGUAUUAUGUACCAACUUGUACCAUAUACCUAUCUAGUACAAGAAAAGAAUACAGUUUAACAAUUAAUGAUUUUAAAACAUGAACUAAACUUACUUACUCAUAACCAAGAACACUCAAAAGCGAAAAUAAAAUGCGCAAAGGCAUUCUUACCGCUAAAACCCUUAAUGAAAUAUUUAAAGAAUGGAAAACGGAUACGCAGGUAGAUAUACUUUGCCAAACUAAAAAAAGAUAAACAAACAAAGUUCUAGCUUUCUACAUCUAGCUAAGAAGUCUCAAGUUUUUCAGUUUUUGGCUUAAAUUUGUGUUAAAACUAUUUCUUUAAAAUGAAGUUUUUAUGUUGAGUUAUAUUGUAAAAGCUGUGCACUUUAUUAUGGGGUUUGUGUUCCUAGUUUUAAGUUUAAUUAUAUCUCUGCAAUUUUACAACAUUCCAUUAUUUCACGAAAAACAAUAUUUUGUAUUAUUGUGUAAUAAUUCUUCUGUCACACGAAGAUCUGUUAAGUCAGGAUGUUGUUGCUAAGUUAUUCAUUGUUAUAUGUUCGGAAAUCAGGGUCUGUAGCUAUGUGGCACGUCGAUUCUCUUUCUACAAUCGCAAACGCUUAGAAAACUUAAAACAAUGUAUGGGAAUGACAGAUCCGAUCGACAACUUGAUCACGAGAGCUGUCGAUAGCAAAUGUUGUUCCCAUACAUUUUUUUUAAUUUGCGAAGCGUUUGCGAUUGUAGAAAGGGAAUCGACGUGCUACAUGACUACAGGCACUGAUUGGCUCGGGGUGUAGCGGUAAAGCGUUUGACAAUUAGAUAGUUGACAGAUAGUGCGUUGGUGUGUAUAACUGAAGAAAUAUUCCAUAAUGCCCCUCUUCACGUUGCCCAGCUCGUUGGUCAAUACGUUGUCCAAUUCGCCGUUCCAGCUUGCCAACCUUGUGGCAAAUGUUGUGGUUGUUUCUAAUCACGCGCAUAUUACAUGGUAGCCAAUAUAUUGGCCAAUGUAAAGAGCGGGUUUUACGAAACGAUACUUUUAUUGUUUGUCACACAAACUAGCUAGAGAGCUGAUCAAUAUUUUGGGGUAGGUAUUUGAGGCUUGCUGAUAACUUGUUUUUUACCUCUACUAUACUACCCUAACUGGAGACCUGGCUGGGGAGAAAUGGUGCUAAAUCAACCCAUAUAUCUCCCAAGUGAUGGUUUAUUUUGCAAGAAAUAUCCUUAUAUAUCUGUAAUUUAUAUGCUUAAAUUGAAUGUUUAAAGAGUAAAAAAUUAAUAACUACCUUAUGAUGUUAGUCAAGGAUAUGACAUUUUGUACACCUCAUUACUAACAAGCUAACUUUUCGUGAGUAGCUUCAUCUCGAUGAGGCGAUCAACUUUUUUAUUUACGAAAAUUCUUGACUAUGUAAGUUAAAUGGGUUACCAGGAAAUUAAAAUUUUAGAUCGUCGGAACGAGGUAAUUUACCGCGCAAUUUGUAAGACAUUGUGACUGUUAAGUUGUAUGUAGGUAUGUAUUAAUUAAUCAACAGUAAAAAAAACAUCUGGUUAGUAACAACUUUUGUCAACCAAGUUGUAUCAAAAACGAGGUUAUUAAAGGUUGUACUGUUUUAUUACUGUUGCUUAAUUAAUAGUUAUACAAUUUAACAGCCACAUUGUCUUACAAAUUGCGUGGUACAUUAUCUCGUUCCGACGCUCAGAAAUUUUCAUUUCGUGGUAGCUCAGUUAGCUACCAGAAUCAAGAAUUUUCGUAAAUAAAAAAGUUGAUCGUCUGAUCGAGAUAAAGCUCACGAAAAAUUAGCUUGUUAGUAACCAGGUGUACAAAAUGUUCUUGGGAUCUGGACUAUGUCGACCAGCUCUUGGAUCAAACGCACUGUCUCUCAUCUUAAGGCCGAACAUGAAAUAUAAUAGACUAUUUAUACCGAAAUAGGUACCAUACUCUGAUCAACCAUAACCCUGACUGAAUUUUUUCGUGAGGUAAAAGAAUUGAUGUAUACCUACUGGAAAACUAGAUAUGCAUCAUACUUGGUUUUCCUAUAUAACUAAAAAUAAAAUAUUAUGUUUUAUUUAAUAAGUGUUUAAUUUCAUUAACGGGAUUUUUAUUUUAAAUAAAUGGGAAUGCGUGAAUUUAAACCUAUGCAAUAUUAUAAUGUACAAUAAAUGCAUUGUUAUAUUUAAACAAAUAUAUAGUUGUUGUACUUUUUUUCAUAUUUUACUCGAAGUGUAAUACAUAAUAACAUUUUAUUGUAGUUUUAAGUAUUUGUUUCACCAUUUUUGUGUGCAAAAAAAUUAAAUUGAGACUGUUUUCCAUGGACUGUUCUACUGUAUGGACAAGCACCAGUCUGUGGAAAAGGCCAUGGUAAGUUAUGACUAUAAUAAAAACAUUAAAUAAUA